CAACUGGGCUCCAUUCCCCCGCGCGCAGCCUCGGCUUCCACUCCAGGUCAAGCCCGGGGGCAGGCAAAGCAGCUCCGGCGCGUCCACGCCUCUCUUUCCCGCAGGUGGUAGGACCCGCCCCCCGCUCCACCGCCCCCUCCAGCCCAGCUACUGGGGCAAAUCGGCCGGGCCCGCCCGUUGACGUCACCUUCUAGCUCCGCCCCCUCGAGGGUCCCGGGCCCUUGCGGCGGGGACUGCCCGGGGAGGGUGUAGUCAGUUGAGGCGGCGGGAGCUCGGCGGAGGGAGGGCCAGGUGACUGGUCCGGGCCAUGCCGAGGAAGAAGCCCUUCAGCGUGAAGCAGAAGAAGAAGCAGUUGCAGGACAAGCGGGAGCGGAAGCGAGGGCUUCAAGAUGGGCUGCGAUCCAGUUCCAACAGCCGCAGCGGGAGUCGGGAGCGGCGGGAGGAGCAGACCGACACCUCGGACGGGGAGUCUGUGACCCAUCACAUCCGUAGGCUCAACCAGCAGCCUUCCCAGGGGCUGGGUCCGCGAGGCUAUGACCCAAAUCGAUACCGGCUGCAUUUUGAGAGGGACAGCCGGGAGGAGGUGGAGAGGAGAAAGAGAGCAGCCCGGGAGCAAGUGCUGCAGCCUGUCAGUGCUGAAGUGCUGGAGCUGGACAUCCGGGAGGUCUACCAGCCUGGCUCAGUCCUGGACUUUCCCCGACGUCCUCCUUGGAGCUAUGAGAUGUCCAAGGAGCAACUAAUGAGCCAGGAGGAACGGAGCUUCCAGGAAUAUCUUGGGAAGAUUCAUGGGGCUUACACCUUGGAGAAACUCAGCUACUUUGAGCACAAUCUGGAGACGUGGAGGCAGCUGUGGCGAGUGUUAGAGAUGUCUGACAUUGUCCUGCUUAUCACUGAUAUCCGACACCCAGUUGUGAAUUUCCCACCAGCGCUUUACGAGUACGUGACUGGAGAACUUGGGCUGGGCCUGGUGCUGGUCCUGAACAAGGUGGACCUGGCCCCGCCGGCUCUCGCGGUCGCCUGGAAGCAUUAUUUUCACCAACACUUUCCCCAGCUCCAUGUCGUCCUUUUCACCUCUUUCCCUCGGGACCCCCGCACCGCACAGGACUCUAGUAGUGUCUUGAAGAAGAGUCGGAGGCGGGGGAGAGGAUGGACUCGGGCCCUGGGGCCCGAGCAGUUGCUGAGAGCCUGUGAAGCCAUCACUGCAGGGAAAGUGGACUUGAGCAGCUGGCGGGAGAAGAUUGCCCGGGAUGUGGCUGGGGCCAGCUGGGGGAAUGGCUCCGGUGAGGAGGAAGAAGAGGAUGAUGGGCCCGCGGUGCUGGUGGAGCAGCAGACCGACUCGGCCAUGGAGCCGGCCGGCCCAGCCCGGGAGCGCUAUAAGGACGGGGUGCUGACCAUCGGCUGUGUGGGUUUCCCCAAUGUGGGGAAGUCCUCGCUGAUCAAUGGGCUGGUAGGGCGGAAGGUCGUAAGUGUCUCCAGAACCCCGGGCCACACACGAUACUUUCAGACCUACUUUCUCACACCCUCCGUGAAGCUCUGUGACUGCCCCGGCCUCAUAUUCCCUUCCCUUCUGCCCAAGCAGUUACAGGUUCUGGCAGGGAUUUACCCCAUCGCCCAGAUCCAGGAGCCGUACACUGCGGUGGGCUACCUGGCAUCCCGAAUCCCCGUGCAGGCUUUGCUCCACCUGCGCCACCCCGAGGCUGAGGACCCCUCGGCAGAACACCCCUGGUGUGCCUGGGACAUCUGCGAAGCCUGGGCAGAGAAGCGUGGUUACAAGACAGCCAAGGCUGCGCGGAACGAUGUAUACAGAGCGGCCAACAGCCUCCUGCGGCUGGCACUGGAUGGCCGCCUUACCCUGUGCUUUCGUCCCCCAGGCUACAGCGAACAGAAAGGCACCUGGGAGUCCCAUCCGGAGACUAUGGAGCUGGUGGUUUUGCAGGGUCGGGUGGGGCCAGCAGGGGACGAGGAGGAUGAGGAGGAGGAGGAAGAAGAGCUGAGCAGCUCCUGUGAGGAGGAGGGAGAGGAGGAUCGGGACGCGGAUGAGGAGGGUGAAGGGGAUGAGGACACCCCAGCCUGCGCUCCGGGGCCCAGCCUGGCCUCCAGGAACCCUUACUCCCUGCUGGGGGAGGGCGAGGCCUGAGGCCCUGCCCUGCGCCGGCUCCCUCGCCCAGUUUCUUUGCUUUUGGACUGACCUGGGGGUAUCUCUCCUCUGCCACCCCAAUUGUGAAUAAAGAUUGUCUGCUUUGUA